AUGCCUAUUCAACGUGCUAAAGGAGGACACCUCAACAACGGUGAUGGUGAAGCUGGGAUCGUGGAAAAUACUAACAGUCGCGUGAUCCGAGCUCUCCAGGCUUCAAAAAACAACAAGUUAGCUUCUAUAAAUCUGUUGCUUCAAGGUGUUGUGCGGUCAGCAUGUACUGUUGUGAAGGGUACGGAUUCCCAGCGAAGAUUCAAUGCGCAAUUUUCUGAGUUCUGUCGUGCUGCACUUGUGGGGAUUGCUGAAUUGGAGGAUGCUGUCUACGAGCUGGAGAAGACUGAGGGGCUCACAGGAAAUGACGAAAACGGGGUGCAAUGCAUUGGAGUGGCAGACUUCGUGAAAGAGAUGGCCACAUUCAUUGCCUCACAAACCAAUGCUCUUGGUGUGCAAUAUUUGGAGCACGUUGGUAUGUCUGCCUUGUCAACGGCGGCGAAGCCGCAGCAGAAGCCCACCGAGACCAAGCGGGGUGCGAAACGAGGUAGAGUAGAGGAUACAAAGCAAUGGGCUUCAGAUCGCAGAAGUCCACAGCGCAAGCGGACGGGUACGUCACCACCGUUAGGCCCCAACUGGGAGCUCGACGCGCCACCACCAUUGCAUAAUUCUGGGAGUUGCAGGGGCGGAAGAGGCGCUCAUCAUGGGGCUGCAAAACUGACCAGUAUUCCAACACUCUCAACGUGGCUGCAACCGUGGACCCUCCCACUGCCAAACGCCCACGGCAUUGUACUUGAUCGCGUCACAACAGAACGCCCCAAGCAAUCUAGUGGGACUGCCGAAGAGCCCACAAGACUCCACGAUGAGGUGUCAGUGUUUGACAUAUGCACGGCACCGACACCUGCAGAGGUGCUUCGCCUUUGGGAGGCCCGUGAGAGCUUGCUUUCACCCGGGGUGGAUAGGGGGAGUAGCCUGGGUGCCGUGGCUUGUGCCACAGUUCCGCCUCAUGCCAAGGAAGAAGGUAAACCAAUGUUCUUUCCAAAGAGCGAUUUAGGGCUGCGGGCAUCUGUGCCAACACACGUAUUGGUGGAUUUGGUGCACUGCGGCAUUUCGUCGCUUGAAAUGCCGUUUAAGGAUAUGGUGUAA